AUGAAACAAAGGACACGCCAAAUGCUUAAUGGAGAUGAGUUAUUCAGUCAGAACAUAAAUAUGAAUAGAACAAACGAUUCUCAUAACAAUGAAAUUCAAUUGCACAGAGUUAAACCACAAGAUCAUUUUAUCGAAGCGCAGGUUCAAGAAGGAGACACAUUACAAGCCAUAGCUUUACGAUUUUAUUGUUCGAUUUCAGAGUUAAAGAGAAUAAAUCAUAUACAUAAAGAUAAUGAAAUUUUCGCGAGGCGGACCAUAAAAGUUCCUGUUACACCUUAUUCAGUGCUUACUGAACUGAUCCCACCUCAGGAACCUCAACCUACACCAUCCACUUCAAAGCAGACCCUACCAAAUUUUAGCAUACAUCAUAAUAUAUUACAAAGUACAUCCUCCAAUGGAAUUCAGAAGGAGAUAAAUGAUAAUCUUAAAAACAUAGAAAAUAAAGAAGAUGAUUGUGCGAUAGACUGCAAUGCAGUUGUGUUAAACAGCACAUUGACUCCAUCUGUAAUUCCUUAUACAGAUUCUGAACAAAAUGAAGUAAUGUCUGAAGAUACCCAAUUAUUACCAAACAAACCAAAGAUUUCGGUAGAGGCAGUGGUUGUGAAGGAAUUGACAUCACAUGGUGCUGACUUUGGUCUGAAAUGGUUUCAUUUGGUUUGCUGUAUGCUUAUUCUUGGUGUUGUGAUACCAUUAGUAUAUGUCAUAUUUUACUUGGAUAAACAUGAACAUUCUGAUAUUCCACCUUUACAUCCAACA